AUGUAUGAAGCGUACUUUAGACACAAGUUCACAGAUGAAGUAGUGUUGUAUAUUUUCUUACUACUUUUGCUUUUAAUGUCACCAUUUCUUUUCAUUUGGGAACUCAUCAGCAACAUCCGAUCAUUCUUCCAAUGUAAGGAAAAUAUGUCUGGAAAAGUUGUUUUGAUCACUGGCGCUUCAUCUGGACUUGGAGAGCUCAUGGCUUAUGAAUAUGCAAAAAGAGGUGCACGUCUAGCGAUAAUAGCAACAAAAAGACCAGAGAGUCGUCUCGAGCAAGUAGCAGAAAGAGCUCGUGUCCCCUCUCCUGAUGUUUUUUGCAUGUUUGCUGAUGUUUCAAAGGUCGACGAGUGUAGGAUGUUCGUGGACGAUACCAUUAAACGUUUUCAUCACUUGGAUCAUCUUGUUUGUAAUACCGGAAUAGGACCCAUUUAUUCAUCAAACAUUGAUGUCACUAAAUUCAGACCCGUCAUGGAAAUAAACUUUUGGGGAUCUAUUUAUCCUACUCAAUUUGCGCUCCCAUACCUCAAGAAAACACAUGGAAAGAUCAUUGUCAAUUCCUCGGCUGGUGGAGUUCUGCACCCGCCAAAACAUGGCAUCUACAAUGCAAGUAAAGCAGCCUUGAUUAGCUUCUAUGAGUCCCUUAGAUUUGAAGUUUCCCCAACAGUAACCAUAACAAUCCUGACAAUCGGGUUCAUAAAGACAAACUUAAUAACAGCCAAAUAUUCAGCUAAUGGUGUUGGUUUUCAUCUAAAAGAGGACUUGGGAGACGUGGUCCCGGUGAUGGAGGCUAAACCAUGCGCAAAAGCCAUUGUUGAUGGAGUAUGCAAAGGAGCCACAUCCAUUACAGAACCAAGGUUCUAUAAAGCUCUCUUCUUGAUCAAGUUCUUGUUCCCACAACUCCACCGUUUCUACCUAUAUAUGUAUUGCCUCAAAAUAUUCAAUGCUAAGACGGGCAGAUAAACUUCAAGACUGCCUACAUCUCACCAUUACUAUACCUUGCGAAAUUGCAUAUUGUUGUUGUGUAGUGAGUAUAUUUUCUUUAGUUGCAUUAUCAGAGAUAUUUGAA